CAUCUCCGUUGUCAAUUUUCUCUCUCCCUCCACAUAUACAUAUAAACACUUGUAUCUAUCCAAAUUCAGUCAAUAGCAGAGGUGCUUGCAAGAGGCUUCAGAUCUUCAAUCUGAUGGAUGCAGCUUUGCUUGAGGGAGAAAGUAGUAGUCGAUGGGGAGUCGCAGGAGGCCGGAGAGCUUAUAAAAGCCGAUCAGAUGCCAUUGCUUACGGAUCGCCGUAUCAGAAGGCGGCUGCUCUUGUUGAUCUCGCUGAAGAUGGAAGUGGUCUACCAGAGGAAAUCCUUGAGUCACCGAACAUUGAAACUUCUGCAAAGUACUACUUCAUGUACAUUCGCUUUGACAUCCUAUGGACCCUUAAUUAUUUUGCGCUCAUAGCUUUAAAUUUCUUUGAGAAACCAUUAUGGUGUACCAGUGUUUCCGAGGUUUCUUGCAGUGACAGGGAGUACUAUUAUCUUGGGGAGCUUCCAUACUUGAAUAAUGCAGAAUCUCUGGCAUAUGAGGGUGUGACCCUCAUAAUUCUUGUGGUGCAUACUCUCUUUCCUAUUUUAUAUGAAGGGGUUCAGCUCUACUGGCAAAGCCAUGUUAAUAAGCUGAAGAUCAUUUCACUGUUGAUUCUAGUGGCUGAUUUAAUAGUCGAUAUCCUCUAUCUCUCUCCAGUGGCCAUCUAUUCUCUUCCGUUGAGGAUUGCACCUUAUAUUCGGGUAGUUAUCUUUAUCUUGAACAUCAGGGACUUACGAGACAGCCUUGUUAUCUUAUAUGGAAUGCUUGUCACAUAUCUCAAUAUUUUGGCUUUAUCACUUCUGUUUCUUCUGUUCUCGAGUUGGAUAGCUUAUGUCAUCUUUGAAGACACCCAACAGGGAACUACAAUCUUUGUGUCUUACUCUGCUACACUGUAUCAGAUGUUUGUUCUAUUUACCACAUCCAACAAUCCAGAUGUUUGGAUUCCUGCCUACAAAUCAUCAAGAUCGUCUUCUUUAUUUUUCAUUCUUUAUGUGCUUAUGGGGGUUUACUUUGUCACAAACUUGAUUCUUGCUGUUGUAUAUGAUAGCUUUAAAUGUGAGCUAGUUAAACAAGUGAGUGAGAAGGACCAAAUGAGGACAAGAAUAUUAAAGAAAGCCUUUGAUCUCAUUGAUGAAAAGGCUGUUGGCACUCUUGAUAAGGAGCAAUGUAUCGAUUUGUUUGAAGAACUUAACAAAUACAGGACUCUGCCAAAAAUAUCCAAAGAAGACUUUGAGUUGAUAUUUGAUGCAUUGGAUGACAGUCGUGAUUUUAAGAUUAAUGCACAAGAAUUCAAUGAUCUCUGCAAUGCAAUUGCCUUAAAAUUUCAACAGGAGGAUACAGAACCUUGGCUAAAGAAGUUUCCCUUCUAUAAUUCCUCCUUAUCUGAAAGACUGAAAGACUUUGUAAAAAGUCCAAAUUUUGGAUAUUUAGUUGCUUUUAUUCUCCUCGUGAAUCUAGUUGCUGUUAUUACCGAAACAACGCUUGAUAUACAAAACAACUCUGGUCAGGAGUUCUGGCAGAGGGUGGAGUUUGUAUUCGGGUGGCUAUAUGUAAUCGAGAUGGCUUUGAAAGUUUAUACAUAUGGAUUUGAAAACUACUGGAAGGAUAGUCAAAACCGAUUUGACUUCAUUGUCACAUGGGUCAUAGUUAUUGGAGAAACAGCAACAUUCGUAUCUCCAAAGGAGUUCACAUUUAUUUCAAAUGGGGAGUGGAUUCGUUAUCUUCUGAUCGCAAGAAUGUUGAGAUUGAUUAGGCUGUUGAUGCAUGUAAAAAGAUACCGGGCCUUUAUUGCUACAUUUUUAACCCUGAUACCAAGUUUGAUGCCAUACCUGGGUACUGUCUUUUGUGUCAUGUGCAUUUACUGUACAGUUGGUAUACAGAUCUUCGGUGGAUUAGUCAAUGCUGGGAACCCAGAUUUACCAAGUACAGAUCUUGCUGAUAACGAUUACUUGUUAUUUAAUUUUAAUGACUACCCGAAUGGUAUGGUGAGUCUCUUCAAUUUGCUUGUGUUGGGAAAUUGGCAAGCUUGGAUGCAGAGUUAUGUAAUAUUGACGGGAACUGCUUGGACCUAUGUGUACUUCAUCAGCUACUAUCUAAUAACUAUUCUGCUCCUCCUCAACUUGAUCGUCGCAUUUGUGUUGGAGGCAUUCUUUGCUGAGUUAGAACUUGAGUGUCCUGAGGAUGAAGACGAAGAUGGGAAGGAAACCGGAGGAAGGGGACGCCGUAACUUGGGCACAAAGACACGGAGUCAGAGAUGUGUCAGUUACAGAUGGAUGGAGAUGACAGGAAGUUAGGAUUUCCUUAUAUAUAUAUAUAUAUAUAUAUAUAUAUAUACUUGAGAGUUGUGACAGGUUGUACUAGUGUGUAUAAUUAUAUUAUAUGAAUGAACAUAUCCAAUUACUUCGUGAAGUCAACAGCAUCAGCAUUCAGCAGACGCCCAUCACGAUAGAUGAUUAAUUAUUUUUGGUUAAAUUCAUAGUAUUUGACUAUUAAUACGUGGAUUGACUUUUAGUAAACUUGUAAAAAUAAGCAAAAUCCCCUGUCAGUUGUUGUAUUUAUUAUAGCCAGUCACCGUGUUUUAGCUAAUAACUAUAUCUAUUUUUAUCUACGGA